UCCUCUGAGCGCCUCUCUCCGUCCUUUCCCCCUCUCCGCCUCAAAGACUCUGGGACUCUCUUCAGAACCCCUUCCCUGUCGGCAGGUAGUAAAGAAAGGGCGAACUGCAUUCGGGAAUCAGGAGUACCUAGUUGUACUGUCCUAAGUCAAAGCUCACUGAGAUUGUCCUGUAAAGUCACAUACCUGAAGCUGGCCUUAAACUUGCUCGAGGACUUGAGGACUCGGCUGGCCUGAAAUUUGCAAUCCUUCUGCCUCAGCCUCCUGACUACUAGGAUUACAGGAUGACCAGUAAGCAGGAAAGAAAAGAUAUGGAAGCUGCAUGUUCCUGGAGCUUAUUGCCUAGAGAGAAAGAUUACAGGGAAUUAUACAAGAAACAUCUACGAGAAAAAUAUCUAACAAUUGGAGUUGAUAAAUGUUAUCACCAUUGCAAGCAUAUCAAGUCACGAAUGCUUCUUGUAAAAGAGCAUGCUGUAUCAGAAAAGACACCAUAUGGAGUCCCUCAACAAGAUCAUUUUUUAGAGAUUGAACAUGUAUUUGAUCCUAAUGAAGAGGGCUCCAGCUCAUCCAGAACUGUGGUGCUUCAAGGCUAUCCAGGGACUGGGAAAACAGCUUUGGUACACAAGUUUAUGUUUGACUGGGCAUCAGGAAUGGUCACUCCAGGCAGAUUUGACUUUCUCAUCUAUGUCAACUGCAGAGAAAUAAGUCAUACUGUUAUGCUUAGUGCUGCUGACCUGAUCAGUAGUGCUUUUCAGGAUAUAAAUGGACCAAAACUGGACAUUAUCCUUACAUGUCCAGAGAAGCUUCUAUUCAUUCUUGAUGGAUUUCCUGAGCUGCAGUAUCCUGUGUGUGACCAGCAAGGGGGUCUUAGUGCUAACCCCUGGGAGAGAAAGCCUGUAGAGACACUCCUAUGCAGUUUUGUGAGGAAAAAACUAUUCCCUGAAUCCUCUCUGUUGAUAACUGCCCGGUUUACAGCCAUGAGGAAGCUCCACUCUCUGUUAAAACAGCCUAUCCAGGCAGAGAUCCUAUGGUUUACAGAUGCUGAAAAGAGAGCAUAUUUCUUGAGUCAGUUUUUAGAUCCUAAUGCAGCAAUGGAAGCCUUCUAUGGUUUGCGAGAAAGUGAAGGCAGUGACAUUUUAUCUUCUCUUCCUUUAGUCUCCUGGAUGUUAUGCAGUGUCCUACAGUCACAGGGAGAUGGUGAUAGUCGUCUUUUGAGAUCUCUUCAGACCUUGACUGACAUGUAUCUGUUCUACUUUUCUAAAUGUCUCAAAAGCCUUAAAGGCAUCUCAGUGUGGAAGGGACAAAGUUGCCUGUGGGGUCUUUGCUGUUUGGCUGCAGAGGGACUGCAGAAGCAUCAGGUUCUGUUCACUGUCAGUGACCUCAGAAGACAUGGAGUAGGAGUUUAUGAUAUCAAUGGCCCAUUUCUCACUCACUUUUUGAAAAAAGCUGAAGGAUGUGAUAAUAUCUACACUUUCCUUCAUUUCAGUUUCCAAGAGUUCUUGACUGCUGUGUUCUAUGCCCUGAAGAAUGACAAUAACUGUUUGUUUUGUGAUCAUAUGGGGAAAAUAUGGCGAGAAAUAUUCCAACAAUACGGAAAAGGCUUUUCAUCACUAAUGAUACAAUUUUUAUUUGGCCUCUUACAUAAAGGAAAAGAAAAAACUUUGGAAACUACUUUUGGACGAAAAGUCUCUCAAGGACUUAGGGGAGAGUUAUUGAAAUGGACUGAGGGAGAAAUAAAGGAUGAGUCUUCUAGGUUACAGAUUGAGUCAGUGGACUUGUUUCACUGUUUAUAUGAGAUGCAGGAAGAGGAAUAUGCAGAAAAGAUAAUUGAUAAUUUACAGUCAAUUAUGUUCCUUCAACCUACCUAUACCAAAAUGGACCUUCUAGCUAUGUCAUUCUGUGUAAAAAGCAGUAAUAGUCACCUGUCAGUGUCUCUGAAGUGUCAGCAUCUACUUGGAUUUGAGGAAGAAGAUGACUCAGUAUUCAUGCCACCAACAUUAACAAUUUCUCAGUCCUUUCAGCUGUGCAGUUUGCCGGUAUCUCGGCUACACUUGCUCCGUCAAGCACUAUGUAAUCCAUACUGUAAAAUCAAAGAUUUGAAGUUGAUUUUUUGCCACCUCACAGCUUCUUGUGGUAGGGAUCUCUCUUCAGUAUUUGAAACCAACCACUCUCUGACAGAUUUAGAAUUUGUGAAAAGUACCCUGGAAGAUUCAGGAGUGAAGCAACUGUGUGAAGGACUGAAACAACCAAAUUGUAUACUACAGGCAUUGAGGUUGAACCGAUGCCUUAUCUCACCUGCUUCUUGUGGGGCACUAGCUGCUGUUCUUAGCACCAGUCAGUGGCUCACUGACCUGGAAUUCACUGAAACAAAACUGGAAGCUUCAGCUUUGAAAUUGCUCUGUGAAGGCUUAAAAGACCCAGGUUGCAAAUUACAGAGGCUCAAGUUGUGUGACAGCCUUCUCCCAGAAAGCUCAGAGGCUGUUUGCAAUUAUCUUGCCUCUGUUCUCAUUUGCAACCCAUACCUCACUGAGUUGGACCUGAGUGAAAAUCCUCUGGGGGACAAAGGGGUGAAGUAUCUCUGUGAAGGUCUCAGACAUUCCAACUGUCAUGUGGAAAAACUAGACUUGAGUAAAUGUUACCUCACAGAUGCUAGUUGUGUGGAGCUUUCUUCUUUCCUGAAAGAGAGGCAGACUUUAAAAGAAUUGUGUGUGUUUGCCAAUGUCGUGGGGGACAUAGGAGUACAGCAUCUCUGCAAAGGUCUGCUGCAUGCAAAGUGCACAAUUGAAAAUCUUGUGCUUUCUGAAUGUUCUCUCUCUGCAACUUGUUGUGAGUCCCUUGCCCAAAUUCUGAGCUCUUCCAGGACCCUGACAAGACUGCUUCUAAUUAAUAACAAAAUAGGAGAUUUGGGACUGAAAUUACUGUGUGAAGGAUUAAAACAGCCUGACUGUCAGUUAAGAGAUCUGGCGCUGUGGACCUGUCACCUGACUGGGGCGUGUUGUCAGGAUUUGUGCAAUGCACUCUACACCAACGAACACCUGAGAGACCUUGACCUCAGUGACAAUGCCCUAGGGGAUGUUGGAAUGCAGGUGCUGUGUGAAGGGCUAAAAUACCCCUGCUGCAAACUGCAGACCUUGUGGUUAGCAGAAUGUGACCUCACAGAUGUGUGCUGCCGAGCCCUUGCCUCUGUGCUCUACAGAAAUGAGAACCUAAUGUUGUUAGACUUAAGUGGAAAUGACGUCAAGGAUUUCGGAGUCCAAAUGCUGUGUGAUGCACUGAUAUAUCCAACAUGUAAACUUCAGACAUUCUACAUUGACGUGGAUCAUUUACAUGAAGAUACAUUUAGAAAGCUGGAAACUUUAAAAAUGAUUAAACCUGGCAUCAACUGGUAGUUUCUAAGGAGCACCCUGAACAGCCUGCAUAUAGACCCUUUCUAUUUGGUACCAUCUUUAACAAGCAGUUAUGAGUGUGAUUUCUUAGAGAAAACCAUCCACCAAAUAGGAUGCUAUAGGCAGAAGCACCUUAGUUCAAAGUUCUCAGCAAUAGUACCUUACAUUCAUAUUUUAUGUUAACAUAUUUACUUUACAGGAACCCCUAAUGUGGGAAGAUGAGCUUCAGAAAAGUUGUAAAUGGCUUCUAGUUCCAAGGCUUGUUAGUAGGAGAUUUGAGACUGGAUUAUAAAAUUCAUAAAUCUCUAGUAAGGUUGAUUAGGGUAAAAUGAAAAUAAAACAAUUUAAUAUUACUAGGUGUGAGAGUAGCCCACCGCUACAGAUCCUACAGACAUUAAAAAGAAAGGAAUAUUGUGAACAAAUUUAUGCAAAAAUUCUAUAAAUUAGAUGGAAUGGGCAAUUACCUCAAAAGCCACAAGCUAUCAAAACUCACUCAAGUAAACAGAAACCUGAAUAGCCCAAUAUCUAGAAUUUAAAUUUCAGAUAAAAAUAUAUAUACACACAAGA